AUGUCAAGCUCCUCGGUAGACGUCGACGCUGCGUCACGCAUCAGCUCGUCCACCGCGCGAAACACAGCCACGGCCAACCCCGCCAUGGCCCAGAGACGGCCGGAUGCGGUGCAGCUCUCAGCCGCCGACUGCAGCAUCGGCGACGACACCGGUGCCGUGACCUCCUCCUCUUUCGGCCUUGCCGCCACCUCGGAGACCGAGCAGCUGCCGCCGCCGCCGCCGUUUGAGCCACUCUUCGCGCUCCUCACCAACACCACGACCGGCGCCACCGUGCACCCGCGCGUGCACUACCUCUUCAGCGACGACGACGCCUCCAUACCCACCGCCGACGACGACGACCCCGCCGCUGACAACAACGAUCCCGAUGCCGCGGACCGUCACCGCAACCUAGUCGUGGACCUCACACCGACGCCUGCCCGCGACGCCUGGACCGUGUCGUGUGCCUCCAGCCUCGGCCCGGCCUUCGCCAUCACCGCGGCCGCGUUGUCCAAGCAGCAGGCCGAGGGGGGAAACGGCUCCGCCGAGCCCAGCCCGUCCUCGUCUGGCGGCGCCGCGUUAAUGCUACACGUCGAGGGCGUCUCGCGCGACCCCGUUGACCUGCGCGCCUCGGCCGAGGGCGGCGCCAGCCUGCGCUCCUCCUCGGGAAGCGGCGGCGCCGGCCCCCGGGAGGACCUCGACGGCCUGGCGGACGACUUUCGGCGGCGCAUGGGCGUCUUGAAGAAGGUGGUCGGCGAGGGCGAGAAGCGCCGCCGCGUCGCCGCCGCCGCCGCCGCCCAGCAGGAGCACGAGCUCGAGCACGACGGGGCGGGGAGUAACGAGAUUCACGACCCGGGCGCGCUUCGCUCCGAGACGGCGAGCCAGUCCCACGGCGGCGCUGCAUUGAACACCUCCUGA